AUUGCACGUAACGCACGAAAUAGUUUUUACAAACGCUGCGCAGGAAUUAGUGUCAAUUAAGUGUUGGGUUUUUGAUUUCCGGCAGAGUGUCCAACUUCACAAAAUACAUAACUGAUAACUAUUGUUUUCUUUAUAUGUUACGUUAUGUAAAUGAUAAUAACCAUUCUCGUCCCCAUAGGUCCUUGAGAUUAAAACCUAGAGCCCUGGGGUCGGGAAUGGAUUAUGACAACAGGUUGAGAUGUAUUGUAUAUCUAUUUUUUAGAUUUAAUUUGAGUUGUUUACAUCGUGUCACCGCGCACCUAAAAAUCAUUGAAUAGAAUUGCUAAUAAAUUAGUUAAAAAAAACAGGUGGUUUGUACAGAUUCAAGCAUUCAGGAAAUUGUGAAAAACGUACUGUACAAUUCUUAAUUCAUUUCGCGUUAGAUACUAAAAUUACUGAAUAAAGAAAAUAAUUCAAAAGUUCGUAAAUAUUUGAAAGUUAGCGAGAAAUAAAUUACAAAUUGAAAAAAGAAAGAAUCAAAAAGGACGGAAGCAAAAGGAAAGAUUUGUCAACAAUCAUGUCUUGUGUUUUCUUGGUUUUGAUGCUGGCAAACCAAUAUGUUUUUAGUGAAGCAUCAACUUGCGAAUCAAGAUACAAAUGUAAAGAGUCAAAAACAUCCGCUGCAUUUGCUUACAUCAGCAUGAAUAAACUCAACAAUACAAAGUUGAAUGGAACCGUACUAUCAACACAUUAUGUUGAAAAUACAACCAGAUGUAAUAAACUGUGCGCAAUGCAUGAUGGGUGUUUUUCAACCAAUGUUGGCCCAAACAAUGCUUCAACAUUUGCAUGUGAGUUACUUGGUGAAGACAGACGCACGAAUGCUGACUUAGUUGUCAAUGCAACUGGAUGGUCGCUUUUCACGACAGCGAGUAGAUGUGACGACAAGCCAUGUAAACCAAACAUUGAAAAGUGUUUUCCACAUUAUCGAAAUGAUUCUUACAAAUGUGUACUUUCAGAUCCAUAUUACCUCCCGUUAAUGAAUUUCACAUUUGAUGAAAGUUUUGAAUGCUCUGGUUGUGAAGCAAACUAUCGGGAUCAGACAGCGUCUAAGCGAAUAAACGUCCCCGAUCGAACCACAAGGGUAUUGUACCUCCCUCAAACUUUUGAUGAAGGAGAUGGAGGUGUCUUAUCUGCAGAAGGAUGCCUAAAGAACCUUUCAUCAGCAUUUCCUGGAAAUUGUGACAGCGAUGGUUUGGUAUUUUCAUUCUGGUACAGAACGUUUAUGCGCUUCUUUGGAAAUGAGGGUAUCUAUAUCUUACAAUCAUUUGGCGAUGGUUAUGCAAUCACUUUAAACAAUCGAAAUGUUGAAACCAAAACUGGCGAAUGGAAGUUUGUUUAUCGAACAGAAAACUAUAAUUAUAUUCUUGAAGGCUAUCACGGUUCGGAUGCAUCUGAGUGGGUUCAUGUACUUCUCAAGUUUGACAUUGCUAAUGAUUUGUUUUCUGUGUUUAUUAAUGGUGUCCAUGCAGGUGAUGGAGAAAAGCAUUCAAGGACAUCACGUACUAUCACAUACACUCAGCUCAAGAUGGCUUGGAAAUACCACAGUGGGGAAAAAUUUUGCGCUAUGUUUGAUGAUGUGGUUUAUUACAAUCGUUUACUCUCAAAUGAAGAAAUUCAUAAUCUAUACGAAGAGCAAUUAAAACAUUAAUUAACGACAUAACGGGCCGGCAUAAACACAAGUUGUCGACAUAAGGUGUCGACGUAAAUACAAGUUGCCGACAUGAGGUGCCAGCAUAAACAAAAGUUGCCGAUUGAAUUAUGCGAGAGAAUGUUGGAGUUGACAGCAGAUUUUUUUGAAUUAUUGAUUUGCUAAAUGUUUAUUGAUUUAUUAAUUUUGUUUCACAGCGCGUUCUCCACCAUUCUCUAGCUUCUUUGCGAAUCGUUAAUUUCUCAAACUGAAGAGAGUCUUCAUUCAUAGCAUAUUGAAAAAGAACAGGAAUAUCUUUUGGCUUCUACUGCAUUUUUAAUGUUGUUGGCACCGGCUUAGAAAGUUCUCUUACGGUUAAUCGAGCAUUGCAAUUAUUCAAUUUGUUCAAAUCCAAAAUGGCGCGUUUAUUCAAAGCGACUUUUUUAAUGGCACGCUGUAAAACGAGUAACCACACUUAGUGCACUAUUUUUCAAAUGUUUACUUAACAACACCAAUGUUUUAAUAGUUUUUUUGACAAAAAUUAAAUUUGACUAUAAUAUCAUUUUUAUCCUUCUCUUCGAGCUCCCUAUGAAAUGGUACCAAGCAAUUAUUUGAUAAAUUCAAUUAUAAAUUUUACCAACCUGCUCUAAAAAUAAACAAAGCAAAAAACUAAUUAUAAUUUAUAUAGUUAACACCUAGGCGCCCUACCCUCGUGCUAAGGUUUUUUUUCCUUUUUAGCCGUCUUCUGUCAUAUCAAAAAGGUAAAAACCCUGGGGACGAGGGUGCAUGGUGCAAAGUUUAAUAGGACGAAAUAAUACAAUAGCCCAUGCUAAAUAACAGACUUUGUGAACAUUGUAUGCAACGAAAAGAAAGUUGCUUGAAUAGUUAAAUAACCUGAUAAAUACAAAUGUUGUUUUUUUCGUCUCUAUUUUUUUUCUCUUUUCAAGCCUCCAUUUUAUACUGUCGGAGUAAUUUUAUGACAGACAUUUUUUUAUAUUAAAGAAGAACUACUUUGUUCAUCACUAACAUACUGCCUGGCAGUGAGCAGGAUUCGAUCCGCGGUCCCCAAAACUGGGAGCCGCAGACGAGCCCACUAUACUACGUGCGGCAAUAUAUUGGUGGUGAACUCAGAUAGUUUAUUCGGAUUGUGUGUAUACAUAUAAGUGAAUAUUUAUCAUAGCACAUCCGUAUUUCAUUCUCAACAGAGAAUGCUUCACCCCGAUCAGACCUCUGAUCAUGACAGGCAAGUUUUUUGUAUUUUACGAUUUUAGUUGCAAACUUAAAUAAGCGACUGUGAAUGCUGAGUUAUUAGAAUCUUAUGCUGUGAUAUUGAAAGUUGGUAACAGUCAAACAAAGUCGCUUAUUUGAAUUUUGUCAAACUCUUUAACUAGAGGGCAAAGUAAUGUAUGGCUUGUAUUACAAUAUUACUUUGCAUGUAAAUUUGUGCACGUUUUUAAUAUAUGAACAUUUUUAGUAUUUACAUGAACUCGAAGUAUACCGCAAUGUAUUUAGCAGUAGGCUGUUCAGGCCAUUUUUAACAGCGUAGUUGCUCGCUUAGUUAAUCUGUCAGCAUGAAAGAGCUAUUCUUUAGCUUUCCAACGAGGGGUCAUUUAACUCUCAAACAUUUUUCGUUACAAACAUUUUUGUUACAAAGUUAAGGUAUGAAGAUACCUAAUUGGAGUCAAAAAUUAUACAAAUUCUC